CGGAUAACAGUCGACGAAUUGGUGCAGAUAUCGGUCGCCAUAUACGCGCUGUUGGGUUGUAAUGUCUCCCCGGCCUAUGACAUGAAGACCUGCGAAGAGCACGCGAACAAAGUAUUUGAAAGGCUGGACGUCCACAAGAAUGGCUAUAUUACGUACGACCAGUUUAUGGAGAUUUGCCUUAAAGACGAGACUAUCAUCAGAUCGAUGCAAUUCCUCGACACGACUGGAUUGCAAUGAGAGAUAGAAAUGAAUGAAAAAUUUAUUUCAUGUGACGAAUGGAUGGAUAAAAUUGUUUGUGAGAGCGAACCGAAAAAGGGAUGGAUAGCCGAGCAAUAGCCGUGUCAUCCCAUCUCAACCACUCAUCUAUUGAUUCAAAAAUAUUGUCACACUUUUUAAUAUCCGAUAUUUCAGUGGAAAAAGGUUUACGACAUAUAAAAAAUUGUUUUUUCUCUCACGCUCUCUGAGAAUAUCGCUAACACUAGACUCGACUGAAAAAAAAAUUAAAUUUAUAACUUUUUUUUGUAGAAAAAACAACUGAACUUUUAGCGAACAAAAUAUUAUCAUACAUACAGUUAAAUGAGAAUGAAUUUUAUGAAUACAAUUGAGUAAAUAAUUUAUGGCUUUAGUGCUUAUCGGACACGAGAUUUACAUAAAGAUAAAUAUUAAAUCCCAAAUAAAUAACUUUAGUUUUUUGUUUUAAAUAACAAAACAAAACAAAACGAUUGGAUGUGAACUGAAAAGACUCGGAAUUAAUUCAUAGCUCAGCGAACGGACACAAAUAAUUCGCUCAAAUCAUUAUGAGAUACACAAAACUUUUUUUGUUAUAUACUAUUAAUAGUAAUCAUACGUAACUUAUAUAAAUGUUUUGAUCACAAAGUUUACUUACAAUUAAUUGUAAUAUUAUUUUUCUUUGACUUCGUUCACCCGCUAAUAUCAUUAAUACCGUAUAUAAAUGUAUAAUGCAUGCGAUAUGUAAUGAAAAAAUUAACAGCAAAUAAGGCACCAGUUUUUGUAUAUUUGAUGGUAAAAACUCAUCAAAUAUUUAUUAUGUAUGUAUCGCGGGAUAUGAAAGAAAAAUAUUAGGAGUUAUAAAUGCAGUACAUUUGGUAAACCUUUUUUAGUUAUCAAAAAACAUAUUAUUGCCCUAAUAUUAAGCCAGGAAUUUUAGAGAAAAACAAAAACAAAUAUUUAUUAAUUACUUAUAAAAAGAUUAUUAUUAUUAUUAUAUAUAUUUAUGUUUCAUGCCAUUAUUAUACAGAACUCU